GCCGAAUCAGGUCUCCCUCUAAGAAAAAAAAAAUAAUAUCGCCGUCAUGAACGUCAAGACGUCGAAGGAACGGAUUCCACCAACCUACGAUUCAACCCAUUGAAUCCGUUCUAUGAAUGGUCUGACGGCGACUUCCUGGGUAUCGCCACUCUGAAGUUGUAGUAUAUUCUUUCUACUUCAUCUUCUCUUACAAUAGUUUAUUUUUUAUUCUUUUUUUAUCUCCCUCAAAUGGUUCAGGUUCAACCACAACCAUCCUGACAUCGAUCUCGUUGUCUCGAGAUUCCUCGCCUCCGCCAUACCAAUGACAUGACACCAUACAGAUAACCACCACAGUCUUCCAUCCUGUAUUCCCAUAUUUUUCGCCGGCCGCUUUCGCGGGCACCAGCGCGAAUACCCAACAGAUCUACAGUAUGGAAUCGCGAUAGCCUCUUUGUGGGCCGGGGGGCCUUCAAGCGCCUGUCUGCUGUUGCCAGCAUGGCAUUGAGCCUACAGCCGCGGACCGAUGGUUUUCGUCUCGAUCCUCCUCCAUAUUUUCCACCUACUUUCCCGGCCCAAACACCACCGAGUCAAAGUCCGAAUGAGAAUUCUCCAAAAUAUCCCUUCUAUAGGCCGCCGCCACUUGUCAGGCCGGUAUACCCACGAUUAUCCUCGCAAGCAACGGCUACGGUAGAAGAAGUCGAACCAGAUGUGGAACCGGAAGUUGUUCAGGAACUACCAACGGUCAAACUGUCAAAAAAGAUUCAUGUCCUUGGUUUCGAUCCUAACGCCAAGUUUGUCGUUCAUGCUCUCGCCGCCGUACCAGGGCUUCCUCCAGUUCAACUGCUUACCCACCGUACUCAAACCAUGACAUGUUGGGGACAAGAGGGCAGGGCCAUCACUGUCUACAAUAGUGGGAAGAUGGGAAAGGGAAACAUAACCUCGCGCGAGAUUCCCUGUCCAGAGCAUAUCGGUCUUGGGCACAGCAUAGCCCAGCUCGAGCGUGGUGGCUUCUUCCUGCAUAAUAUCGUCGUCAGCACUAUAAACACAGCUAUCUGCAACAGUCUUUUUGCCCUUCGUCAUCGUAUCGAUCGUCGAACGACUAUUUGCUUGUUGAAUACGGGACUUGGAAUGAUGGAACAAUUAAAUGAACGUGUCUUUGAUGAUCCGGGUACGAGACCUAAUUACGUAUUAGGCCAUAGCAGACAUAUACUUCGAAGACACUCUCAUCACAACAAGUAUUCUCUUGACCACAAAUCCGGCAAUUUACUGCUUUACGCUGUCCCUAGAGACUACGAAGACCCAGACCUAGAUUUAGAGACGGCACAACAUCUCAGCAAGCAACAUGUCCACAACUUGAUCGCCCUGCUCUCCUCGGCCGAGGAUCUUAAAGCAACUGAGGUAUCAUGGGAAGCGUUCCUACAUGCAAAGUUGCCCGGGAUGAUUUUCCAAUCCCUCGCCAACACGAUAUCGGUGAUUAUGGGUUGUAGUUUUGACCAACUCCGGAAAAACAAGCACGCGAUGGAUUUUUGGGAGAGGUUGUCUCGUGAAACGCUGCAUAUCGUCACGUCACUUCCGGAAUUCCAGAACAAUGCGGACCAAACAAUGCUUAAAGCCUUCACGAAGGAGUCAUUUGCAAAGAGACUCAAGCAAAGCUUACGUCAAUGCGACAAAUAUAGUACAUGGAUCUCGAUGAUCCGGAGGGGUUGGCUUCCCCCUGUGGAUCUUAUCAAUGGGUACUUCGUAAAGCGGGCUAAGGAACUCGAGCUUAGCUACUCAAUGAAUAGCUUGGCGAUAUAUAUUGUUAAAGCAAGAUAUGCGAGCAGACGUAACGAGCUCGAAGCUGAUAUUCCUCUUAGCUUGAUGGCAAAAAUGGACGAUCAAGAUAAGAUCAGUAGUAGUCAGGACGGGUACGAUCCGAACGUGGACAUAGAGCUAGAUUAAGCGAGCCAAGUCCCCCCUAUUGUAUAUAUUGUACACUUGAACGCACAUCAUCUGUAUAAUGAAUUAUAGAUAACGUUAGAACAUGUUAAUUGCAUGAAGAUUCGCUCCCUUCCCAUCGAUGAGAUCUUCGAAGGCUACGGCUCACAACCUAUAGCAAUUGACUGAAAGAUUAAGAGACGAGCUAUUCCAAUAUUACCAAUCAUGUUAG